AUGAUUUCUGUGGUGGAAAAUGAUGCUACAUCAUUGGUGCCUUGUAAGAGCCCCAUAGAUCCUCUUGAACAAACUUUGAUUAGGGAUGAAGAAGACAGUGAAGAUGAAAUAAUGGGAGAAAUUGAGCAAGUACUUGACAUGUCUUGCAGUUAUGUCCAUGGGUUUGAAAGAUUUGAGGAGUUGGAAAGGCCUAUCACUUCGACCCCUCCUAAUUCAUCUAUUGAAGAAGCUCAAAAGGUAGAACUUAAGCCUUUUUUAGUGCAUCUACGCUAUGCUUAUUUGGGAAACUCUGAGACAAUGCCAGUGAUUAUCUCAUACAUCUUGACUAAUGCACAAGAAGGAAAAUUGCUUAGAGUACUUCGCGAGCAUAAAAAGGCUAUUGGGUGGAUAAUUGCUGACAUCAAGGGAAUCAGUCUAUCAUUUUCCAUGCAUAAAAUCUUUUUGAAAGAUGGACACCGCCCCAAUAUUGAGCAACAAAGGAGAUUAAAUCCCAUUAUGAAAGAGGUCGUGAAGAAGGAAGUAAUUAAGUGGCGGAUGCAGAAUGAGAAAACUGAGCUAAUUGCUACUCGCACUGUGACAGGUAGGAGAGUUUGCGUUGAUUACAGAAGGCUCAACAAAGCAACCCGCAAGGACCACUUCCCACUUCCAUUCAUUGACCAAAUGUUGGACAGCACUUUCGCCUUCAAGUGCAUGCCAUUUGAUCUUUGUAAUGCACCUGCCACUUUCCAAAGAUGCAUGAUGGCUAUUUUUACCAAUAUGGAAGGUAUCGUGUUGGGUCAUAGAGUGUCUAGAAGAGGCAUUGAAGUUGAUAAGGCAAAGGUGGAGGCAGUUGAAAAAUUACCUCCACCCAUUUCUGAUGUAACUUUCAAUUUUGAUGACGCCUGCCUAAAGGCAUUUGAAGAGAUCAAAAAGAAGUUGGUGGAUUCCCCUAUUAUUACGGCACCGGAUUGGUAUUUACCAUUUGAACUUACGUGUGAUGCAAAUGGCCAUCUGAAUUACACCACCAUUGAAAAGGAGUUGUUAGCCGUGGUGUGGGCUUGUGAGAAAUUUAGGGCAUACUUGGAAUUUGAUGUAGAAAUACGAAAUCAAAAGGGCACAGAGAACCAUGUAGCUGACCAUCUAUCAAGGCAAGAAAGUCACGAACACGUGGAGGAGGGUGGAGAAAUUAAAGAGGCAUUUCAUGAUGAGCAACAUUUUGCUAUCACCCAAGACUCUCCCCCAUGGUACACGGACUAUGUGAACUAUCUUGUGAGUGGGGUACUUUCUCCUGAAACUGAAUCUGAAGCUAGAAAGAGGUUUCUACAUGAUGUGAACUUCUACUACUGGGAUGAGCCAUACUUAUACAAACAGUAUGUUGAUCAGUUGAUGAGGAGAUGCAUUCCAAAAAAGGAGGUGGAAUUAGUCUUGUAUAAUUUUCAUGCAUCACCGUAUGGGGGGCAUCAUGGAGGCGAUAGAACAACUGCAAAGGUAUUACAGUACGGUUUCUUUUGGCCAACAUUAUUCAAGGACGCCCAUGCAUUUGGUAAGAAGUGUGAGCAGUGUCAAAGAACAUGA